AUGCCUGUGGACCUACUAGACCGGCUUGUUAUCAUUCGUACCCUCCCCUACUCAGUCGAUGAGAUCAUCCAGAUAGUCGCUAUCAGAGCCCAGACGGAAGGCCUUAUUGUGGGAGAGGAAGCUAUGGAGCUUCUUGGGAAGGUUGGCCAUGUCACCAGUCUAAGGUACUGUCUACAGUUGUUGGCUCCAGCAGCAGUAGUAGCAGCGACAUAUGGUAGGGAGAAUAGGGUAGAGAAGAGCGACAUAGAGGAGAUUGAUGGAUUGUUCUUUGAUGCUAAGAGUAGUGCUAGGAUGCUUAUAGAGCAUAAGGAUAAGUACAUAUCAUAG